UGCCGGCGGCGCACGUUCGGUUUCCAGUCUCCAGAAGCCGCGGCCGCGGUGCCGCCUCCGCCCCGGGGCUCAGGCUUCCAGCCCGGCCCGCCCGGUUUGCGGGCCAUGGAGCUCCGAGCAGUGGAUCGAGAACAGCCGGAGCGCCCCAGCCUACCCGUCUGGUGCCUGGCUGCCACCCCUUCCCAGCCUGAGCCCUGGAGACAGCAGCCCCCAGGCUGCUGAGCAGCGGCAACAGCAUGAAGGCUCCGGGUCGGCUCCUGCUUGUCAUCCUGUGCUCCUCGGGCUUCUCAGCUGCCUACAUCCUGCUGUGCUGCUGGGCCUGCCUGUCCUUCUGCCUGGCCCCCUGCCUGGACCCCCACCCGUCCACCAACUCCAGGCCCACUGUGCCAGGGCCCCUGCACUUCAGCGGAUAUAGCAGCGUGCCAGAUGGGAAGCCGCUGGUCCGAGAACCAUGCCGUAGCUGUGCCGUGGUGUCCAGCUCCGGCCAGAUGCUGGGCUCGGGCCUGGGCGCGGAGAUCGACAGUGCCGAGUGCGUGCUGCGCAUGAACCAGGCACCCACCGUGGGCUUUGAGGCGGACGUGGGCCGGCGCAGCACCCUGCGCGUGGUCUCGCACACGAGUGUGCCUCUGCUGCUGCGCAACUAUUCCCACUACUUCCAGCACGCCCGUGACACGCUCUACGUGGUGUGGGGCCAGGGCAGGCACAUGGACCGGGCGCUGGGCGGCCGUACCUACCGCACACUGCUACAGCUCACGAAGAUGUACCCGGGCCUGCAGGUCUACACCUUCACGGAGCGCAUGAUGGCCUACUGCGACCAGGUCUUCCAGGACGAGACGGGCAAGAACCGGAGACAGUCCGGCUCCUUCCUCAGCACCGGCUGGUUCACCAUGAUCCUCGCCCUGGAGCUGUGCGAGGAGAUCGUGGUCUACGGAAUGGUCAGCGACAGCUACUGCAGACAGGUUAUUUAUGCUCACAGAGUACGUCUCCAGCCUAGAAGCGGCCAGCUUGCAAGAGCCAGAGCCAGGGUCAAACCCUGGCCCGUGGGAUCCGUGGGCUGCCCUGCGCCUCCCCUGUCUGUCCUGACCUUCCCCGGGACCAGGCAUGGGGGUGCUCCGGCGGGGAGUCCCUGGGAGGAGAGCCACCCCUCGGUGCCUUACCACUACUUUGAGAAGGGCCGGCUGGACGAAUGUCAGAUGUACCUGGCCCACGAGCGGGCGCCCCGCAGCGCCCACCGCUUCAUCACUGAGAAGGCCGUGUUCUCCCGCUGGGCCAAGAAGAGGCCCAUUGUGUUUGCCCACCCAUCGUGGAGGACCCAGUAGCCCCAUCGCCUAGCCAGCCACAAGGCCCUCACUGGGCCUCUGUUCCACACUCCACCGGAAACAUUUAAUUUAUGGAUCCUGUCUCCUGCCACAUGCCUAGUGGACCUAAGGUCCCUUCUGGCCCUACCCUGGGGACACUUGGAGCCAUCUUAGGCCUCCCGACUUGAGGGGAGAAGAGGAGGACUGUGGUGACCUUUGCAGCCCUUCCCUGCACCCCACUUUCUGAGUAAUCCAAAUCUUCAUUUUGGGGUUCACCCCCCCCUCUGGGUCUGUCCAGUGGCCUUUGCCCCCGGGGCUGAUGGCCCCUCAACUCACCAGCAUUGUGAUCUUCGAUCUUUCAACAGCCCUGGUCCUUCUUCACUGUCCCCCCUCCACCUGCCUUUGGUGCCACAUUUCCCAGGCUGGAGCUUGGGGUUCGUUGGGCAAAGGGGCCUUUGAACUGUGACUGCCAGGGCCACCUCUGGAGUGUACGGGUAAACAUGUGUUUUCUGGAAGCCUG